UUAUUUAGUUUUAAUCUUUAUUAAGUACAGGCACUACAAUAGAAACUCUGAACUUUCUGAAAGCAGUGACUCUCAGCAAACACGUUUUCUCAUCAGUUGUAAUAAAUUCUGAUCUCGUUUUUGCAUUUUGGUUUGCUUUCUAAGUUCACAAAAUCGUUUCAGUUUUAAUCUUUUAAAGUCUUAUUUUUAUAUAACUAAAAUGUUUUCACCAAACCUCAUUCAAAAAUCAGCCACUUUUAGAUGUCUUUUCUACUGUGUUCCGUCGUUUAUUUGCUUUUCGGGGAUCAGAUGUCAGCACGAAGUUUUUUAUCAUGAAGCCUCUCACCCAUCCAGCCAGUUAUAGCCCAGCUCUGACGUCAGCUGCUGAGUCCUGAGUUGGUCCAAUGAGAACCGUCCGGGACUGGGACUGGUCCAGGGUGCUUCUCCUCUCCUGCAGAUCGAGGAGAGCACAGUAGAGAAAGGACUCCUUCAGCGGGAUUCAGGAGCCUGCUCCGGGCCGGGUCGCUGUCAGCAUGCGGAGCUGAGCAGGGAUGGAGGCGCGGAGCUGCGGAGUCCGACACAUGAACGCUCUGAGUCUGCUGCUGGUGUGCGUGUGCCCGCUGUGCUGCAGGGGCAGCUGGAUGUGGCUCGGUGUGACGUCACCGGGGGUGGUGGAGAAGCUGGGGUGUUCCAACCUGUCUCUGAGCCCCCGGCAGCGCGAGCUGUGCAGCAGGAAGUCCAUCCUGCUGCCGGGAGUCCGGGAGGGCGCGCGCCUCGGGGUGGCCGAGUGUCAGAGACAGUUCAGGCACGAGCGCUGGAACUGUUCCACCAAUCAGAAGGUGCCCGUGUUCGGGCACGAGCUCACGAGCGGAACCAAAGAGACAGCGUUCAUCUAUGCGGUGAUGGCAGCAGGGCUCGUCCAUGCCGUCACGCGCUCCUGCAGCCAGGGCAACAUGACGGAGUGCGGCUGCGAUGCUCGGCUGCGGGGAGGCGGCUCAGCAGCAGAGGGCUGGCACUGGGGCGGCUGCUCAGAUCACAUCCAGUACGGGACGUGGUUCAGCCGCAAGUUCAUGGACCACACCUUGAAGAACAUGUCGACGAGCCGCAGCAGCUACACGCUGAGCACCAUGAACCAGCACAACAGCGAGGCCGGGCGACAGGCGAUCAACAGGACGAUGUCCACAGACUGUCGUUGUCACGGUGUUUCUGGCUCCUGCGCGGUGAAGACAUGCUGGAGGACGAUGGCGCCGUUUCAGCGGGUCGGGACGUAUCUGAAGGACAGAUACGAGCACAGCAUGCAGGUGACGGAGCGAUCCAAGAGGAAGAUGAAGUGGAAGGACCAGCGGCGUCUCCAUGUGGACAAACACCAGCUCAUCUUCCUCAACAAGUCUCCAAACUACUGUCUGGAGGACAGGCGGCGGGGCAUCGCGGGCACCAGAGGGCGCCGGUGCAACCGGACAUCCACGGGGCCGGACAGCUGUAACCUGCUGUGCUGCGGCAGAGGAUACAACACACACGUGGUCAGACACAUCCAGCGCUGCGAGUGCAAGUUUGUGUGGUGCUGCUACGUCCAUUGCAGGCGCUGCGAGAGCAUGAACGACAUGCACACCUGUAAGUAACACACCUGGAAACAGAAACACAUGGAACACGUAGCUCACCUUCAUUCACCUCAGCAUGAUACCUGGUAAUAGAAGAACACCUGGAAUAAAAGAAGGAUUUGUGGGAAGAGACAAAUUGGACAUCUGGAUCUGAAAGAGUGUAAACAUAAGAAAGACUGAACCUCUCAGGUGAAGACAGAUCCUCCUUGGACCAAUCUGAGGUCAGCAGUACUUGGUACAUUUACAGCAGCACAUGGCACAGCUUCACCUUCUCUCUUGAUAACAUCACCAUUAGAGUAAACCUGCAGAAGAGUCACAGAAGAAAUGGGUGAGCAGCUGCCUGAGGGCCGAGCAGUGAAGGUGAAGCCUUAAGUUUACCUGUCGAUGUGGCGAGGAGCUCAGAGCGGAGCUGCUGCUCCAUGUGGAAAGAUCCAGGUGAGCCACGUGACAGCCUCCUGCAUGCCUCCUGUGUGAGCUGUUUCAUGUUCACCUGUGAGCAGCAGACCCAGGACAGGAUUUUACUGCCUGAACGUUUAAAUGUUUCAGACUGGACAGACUUCUCCAACUUGAUGUUUCUGAAGCAUUCAGAGUGCCACCAGGAGGAGGAUCAGUGCUGCUGCACACUCAAUCUGAAGAUCUAAAUGACUGAAGCACCUGAUCAGUCUCACCAGUUCUGCAGCCCACAGACUGAUUUCAUAUUUUAAAAUAAAGAUAUUUAUGUGUAAAUAAUUUUUAAAAGUUGAUUAUUUGGUAUGGAAUCAUAUUUUUAUAAUUUCUGUCCAAAAAAAAAAAAAUCAAACUGACAUCAGAAGGUGAAAUGAUCCCGUAAAUGUGGACGUGAAGACUUCCUUGUUCAAUUUCUGUUGGCAAACUUUAUUAACAAAAACAUGAAAACAACAGAACAAAAAGCUGUGAGUCUGUUUAAAGGUUCCACACAAAUACGGUUUAUUAUACUUUGACUAAUAAAAAAUAAAAUGCCUGGUAGAGAAAAUGCUAGAGGAGAUUUGGUUCAGUUUGUCUUUAACAAACCAUAAAACUCCUCACAGGAUAUUCCAGAAACAUUCCCAAAAAGGCAUCCUGAAAGAAGGAAACCUUGUGAAUAAUCCAGAAACAGGAAAUACUACAUUCCAGCUGGAAGUACAGCAGUAUAGCUGUACAGGCAGCUGAUGAUGUAGAGUAAAAGUACUUCAUUACAUCUGAUCACAGAAGGCCCUGCCUAUUCUGCCUCCACCUCACCCGAGAAGAGUCUUCUUUUUGAUUUUUGAAUAAAAGAAUGAUUAAAGACAUCAGAAAGAUGUAAAUAUAACAAACAUAUAAAACAUAUUAAGCCUGCACAGCUUUGCUCACAUGAAUGUGUUUAAAUAAAGUUAGGAGAAAGUAUCCUGUCUGUCAGUUGGUGAUGAACGCAUCCAUCACUUCUUUCAUUUGACAGUUUAAACAGCAGAAACAAAAGAACAGCUGAUGAAACAUCAGACCGUAGAAACAAUUUGAGAAACAUUCAAACUGAUCUGA